GGCAGCUGGCGCCAGGGCGGCCGGAGGAUGCCGAGGGGCCGGAGCCCGGCGGGCCCGAGGCCGAGGCGCGCACUGCCCCCUGCCUCCACCGCGUGAGCCCCGCCAGCUGCCGGGCGCGCCGUCCCUGGGCCCACGUCUCCCGGGCUUCCGCCAGUGGUGCCCACCUUCUGCGGCCUUACCCCCCUCCUUGGGGCGCUGUGUGUGGCUGUCGCCGCCUCCACCUGGAUCUUGAACCGCCCCUGCCAAAGGUCAUGGAAGUGGCUCCGGAACAGCCGCGCUGGAUGGCGCACCCCGCGGUGCUGAAUGCACAGCACCCCGACUCGCAUCACCCGGGCUUGGCGCACAACUACAUGGAGCCCGCGCAGCUGCUGCCGCCCGACGAAGUGGACGUCUUCUUCAACCACCUGGACUCGCAGGGCAACCCCUAUUACGCCAACCCAGCCCACGCGCGGGCACGCGUCUCCUACAGCCCUGCACACGCCCGGCUGACGGGAGGCCAGAUGUGCCGGCCACACUUGUUGCACAGCCCUGGUUUGCCCUGGCUGGAUGGGGGCAAAGCGGCCCUCUCUGCUGCUGCAGCGCACCACCACAAUCCCUGGAGCGUGAGCCCUUUCUCCAAGACCACACUGCAUCCCUCUGCUGCGGGAGCCCCCGGAGGCCCACUCUCCGUGUACCCAGGGGCAGGCGGUGGAAGUGGGGGAGGCAGUGGGAGCUCCGUGGCCUCCCUCACACCCACUGCAGCCCACUCGGGUUCCCAUCUCUUUGGCUUCCCACCCACGCCACCCAAAGAAGUUUCUCCUGACCCCAGCACCACAGGAGCUGCCUCCCCAGCCUCGUCCUCUGCAGGGGGCAGUGCGGCCAGGGGUGAGGACAAGGACGGUGUCAAGUACCAGGUGUCACUAACUGAGAGCAUGAAGAUGGAAAGCAGCAGUCCCCUGCGCCCCGGCCUGGCAGCCAUGGGCACCCAACCUGCCACACACCACCCCAUCCCCACCUAUCCCUCCUAUGUGCCAGCCACUGCCCAUGACUAUGGCAGCGGACUCUUCCACCCUGGAGGCUUCCUGGGCGGCCCCGCCUCCAGCUUCACCCCUAAGCAGCGCAGCAAGGCACGCUCCUGCUCAGAAGGCCGGGAGUGUGUUAAUUGUGGGGCCACAGCCACCCCUCUCUGGCGGAGAGAUGGCACAGGCCACUACCUGUGCAACGCUUGUGGGCUCUACCACAAGAUGAAUGGGCAGAACCGGCCACUCAUCAAACCGAAGCGUCGUCUGUCUGCAGCCAGGAGAGCUGGCACCUGUUGUGCAAAUUGUCAGACAACAACUACCACCUUAUGGCGCCGAAACGCCAAUGGGGACCCAGUCUGCAACGCCUGUGGCCUCUACUACAAGCUGCACAAUGUUAAUAGGCCACUGACCAUGAAGAAGGAAGGGAUCCAAACUCGCAACCGGAAGAUGUCCAACAAAUCCAAGAAGAGCAAGAAGGGGGCUGAGUGCUUUGAGGAGCUCUCCAAGUGUAUGCAGGAAAAGUCGUCCCCCUUCAGCGCAGCUGCCCUGGCCGGACACAUGGCACCUGUGGGCCACCUCCCGCCCUUCAGCCAUUCUGGACACAUCUUGCCCACUCCAACUCCCAUCCAUCCCUCCUCCAGCCUCUCUUUUGGCCACCCCCACCCUUCCAGCAUGGUGACCGCGAUGGGCUAG